AUAAAACCCAGAGCUCACAGUGACAGCUGACACUAGAAAGGGUGAGGUGUGCAGAGAAUGGGUCUCGGCAACAUGAGCAGCUGCCUGCUUCUUCUGGUUAUCUUGUGCUGUGGUAUGUUCCAAGACAUUCUGUCCCAAAAUCACAACUGUCAACCAGGUCAUCGAUUUGAAUCAUCACAAAACAAAUGUUUCGAUAUCGAUGAAUGUAAAAAUGUUGCUAUAUGUGGACCUCGCAAAAGGUGUUGGAACACAGCUGGCUCUUACAGGUGUCAAUGCAAGCAAGGGUACAACACAGUCAAUCAGGACUGUGAAGAUAUCGAUGAAUGUACUUCCACUCCGUGUGCCCAUGAAGCAACUUGUCAGAACACAGAUGGUUCAUUCAAGUGUAUUUGCAGCACAGGUUUUCAGUCGACUGAGAAGGCUGGCUCCAGUGGAAGGAGGAGCUGUGAAGAUAUCGAUGAAUGCAAGUCCUCACCUUGUCACAAACAUGCAACUUGUAUCAAUGUAAUGGGAUCCUACCAGUGCAACUGCAACACAGGGUUUCGGGAAUUACCUGCGACCAUCAACCUCACGGCAGGGAAAGUUUGUGAAGAUAUUGACGAGUGUGAAUCCUCUCCGUGUCACCAACUUGCAACUUGCAACAACACACUGGGUUCCUACCAGUGCAACUGUGUUGCGGGGUAUCAGGCAUCUACUGCGACUGCCAGCCUCACUGCAGGGAAGGUUUGUGAAGAUAUCGAUGAAUGCAAAUCCUCACCUUGUCACAAACAUGCAACUUGCAUCAACACAGUGGGAUCCUACCAGUGCAACUGCAGCACAGGGUUUUGGGAAUUACCUGCAACCAGCAACCUCAUGGCCGGGAAAGUUUGUGAAGAUAUCGAUGAAUGCAAGUCUUCACCUUGUCACGAACAUGCAACUUGUAACAACGUAAUGGGAUCCUACCAGUGCAACUGCAAAACAGGGUUACAGGCAUUACCUGCAACUGCCAACCUCACAGCAGGGAAAAUUUGUAAAGAUGUGGAUGAAUGCCAGGAUAAAAAUGCGUGCGGAGUGAACACGACCUGUCGCAACUCCUUUGGGUCUUUUUACUGCGUCUGCAAAGCGGGAUAUCACCAGAAACAGGGAGACACUCAGCUGGCCUGUACAGUUGAUCCACUUUCCUGUCCUGACUCUGAGAAGCAGAACUCUACGCUGUCGCAGUGCAACCUGGAUUAUUCAGCAAACUCCCAGCAGUUAAACUCUGCAGAAGACGUGCUGAAUUUAGCUGAUUGCUACCGUGAUAAAAUCUGUCAGAAUUUCAGUAGGAAAAACGAUACCAAGGAUUUGACGACAUUUGUAAACAAUGUUCUUAAUAGUUCGCGGCUGGAUAGCAUGGACACCACUCAAAGGCUAAAGGUGGCAACGGCCACAGUGGACCUCUUGGAGAACAUGGCAAUGGCCAUUGCUCUGAAACAAAACACUUCAAAACCACAGACCAUAGAAACAAGCUCCUUUGUUCUUAAGGUCAUGGUGCCUGAAAGGAACAAUGCGGGUGCAGACCAACUGGUGAAAUUGGAAACUCAGAAUAAUUCCUUUGAGAUUGACUGGAGAACCAUUGCUGGAGGAAAUAACACUGAGUUUCAGGCCAUUUCCUUUAUUGUAUUCAAAGACUUGGAAUCCCAGCUGAACCAAGAAAUUCGUCCAUCUCAGAACCAAGGCGGCCGUCCAUCUCAGAACAAUGUCUCAUUAAACUCCAAGGUGAUAGCUGCCACCAUCAGCAACAAAGCCGUCAGCUCUAAUCUGAAGGAAAAGUUUAAUUUGACUCUGAACCUCAACCAGGAAAAGGAAGUCGGUGAAGAGCCAGAAUGUGUCUAUUGGAGUAAUACCGAAGAGAAAAGUGUCUGGUUAUCUGAUGGUUGUGAACGGAUCGAUUCCAAUCAGACCCAUGUAACCUGCCAGUGUAACCACCUGACAAGCUUUGCUAUUUUAAUGGCUCCAGUUAAGAUUGAGACUGACGACUGGCACUUGGAGAUGAUCACCUACAUCGGCCUCAUCAUCUCCCUUUUCUGCCUCGCUGCCUCGAUUGCCAUAUUUGUCAACUGCAAAUCCAUCCAGAAUGCUAACACCAAUCUUCACAAGCACCUGAGUAUUACCCUCUUCCUGGCACAGUUCGUCUUUCUGAUCGGAAUGCGGAUUAAACAGCCGGUUGUGUGCGCCCUGAUUGCCGGGUGUCUGCAUUACCUCUUCCUUGCCGUCUUCGUCUGGAUGUUCCUGGACAGUUUGCAGCUCUUCAUCAUGUCCAGAAACCUGACAGUCACCAAUUUCACUCGCACACAUAUCAUCAAACGAAGAUACCUGUACAUUUCCUCUUAUGCUCUUCCUGCUGUGAUAGUCAUUAUCUCAGCGGCAAUAUACCCCGGAGGCUAUGGAACAGAAACUGCCUGUUGGCUGAAGCACGAGUCGGGGUUUAACUGGAGUUUCCAGGGCCCGGUCUGUUUCGUGAUUCUGGUCAAUACAGUCCUUUUAUUUGCGACUCUGUAUUUACUGAGACGCCAUUUGAACUCGCGCAACAAGGAGGUGUCGAAGCUGAAGGAAACCAAAUCCCUAACCAUUAAGGCUGCAGCACGGAUGUUUGUUUUGGGAUGCACAUGGAGCUUUGGAAUAUUUCAAGUUGAUAAGAGCACUGCAGUGUUCUCCCACUUAUUCACAGUCAUCAACAGUCUCCAGGGUCUGUUCGUUUUCCUUAUUUACUGCGUUUUCAAUCACCGGGUGGUUAAUGAAUUACGGAAAUGGUUGACUAGUAAACAGAAGGGCAUCACCACAGAGUCCUCACAGAUGGAGGUGAACAUGACUGAGACUUAUAGAACAAACCAAUCAGAGGGAUCCAAGACCCAAUAACAAGAUUCUUCUCAGCGGAGUUUCUUUCUUUCAUUCUCUUUCGCUCUCGCUGUGCGUCUGGCUCUGAAGUUCGUGGGUUCAAAACCCACUCCCAAGCACGGAGAGUUCUGUUGGAGGAUUGGUCAUACCUGCAGAAUUAUUUGACUUGUAAAAGUCUGAAAGUGUGUGUAUGAAAGUGAGUCUGUAUAAGAAUAUGUGUGAGAUCUGAUGUUAUAAUGAAUGUGAUUGUAAAUAAAUUUCAGGAGUUUUGCUGAAUUUCCAAAUUUUGCUGAGUUAUCCUGUUAUUUUGAUUGUUAUUCCUUAUGAGAUAUAUGACUCUGGUGUCAACAUAGUUGAGAUCUUACCUAAAGUUAAUGUGAGAUACCAGAUUUGAACUUGACCUUGUCCUAUCAUGUUGUAUCUUUACAACUUCAGCAUAAAGAUGAGGUACAGAAUGCACACCAUGUAGCAGAUAGGUACAGAACUUGGAUAUGUGCGCAGUUCAUGUUCACACAUAGGCACUCACUGCACAGACCUGAAGCACAUGUAUAGCAGAAACAUACACACAAAUGCACAUGUGCACACGUGCGCACACACAGAACUCAAAAAUGUGCAGCAGAGACACACACACACACACACAUACACAUACACAUACACACACAGACACACACACACACACAUACACACACACACACACACACACACACACACACACACAUACACAUACGCACACAGACACAGACAUACACAACUUAGUGUGCUGAUUUUAGCCUGUGAUUGAGCAUCCCAGCAUGAGAGAACCAUCAUGCCUUCCUCUCUUCUGUCUUUAUAAAUGGAAACUGUUGCCAGACUUGUUUGCUAUAUCCUUUUUAAAACCAUCUGCACAAGAAAUAUCUAUGUUUUUUGGAGUAAGAAUAAAGCUGUUUAUUUACUACUUUACAUCAAAGUUGCUAGUGAACGCAGCAGGCCAAGCAGCAUCUAUAGGAAGAGGUGCAGUCGACGUUUCAGGCCGAGAC